AUGCUACAUCGACGACCCGGUGCAGCUCCCCCUCCUCCCUCUUCGUCCUCAUCCUCUCCUUCAUCAUCAAGACCAACCAAUGUCAAUCCAACUACGAACAAGGCAUAUACGCCCCUACGUCGGCAAUCUGCCAAUCUCUACCCUACAAACAAUAGUGCGAACAGGAAUGUACCGAGAUAUAGUAUACCGCAGGCAUCACCUUUGAAUCUUGGUGGGAUCAACUCGUACAGCCCAGGAGGAGGGUUGAACUCUCCUGGAUUGGAUGGGGGGUAUACUCAGAGUUAUGGCGGGGGAGAUUGGACGGAUGGACAUUAUAUUGGGAAUAGAAUCAGAGGGAUGAUUGAUCAUUUGCGGAUGGGGUUGAGGGAUGCAGUGAGGUUGGAAAGGAGUUGGGAAUUGGUUUGGAGUGAUAGAGAAUUGAGGACAUUGGUAUUGAAGUCUACCUUAAUCAACAUCCUCUCUUUGAUCUCAUUAUCCCUCGGAUCACUAUUCUUCUCCCCCUUCCUCGUUCAUCCCGUAUCGGAGUUGAUGGAGAGUAAGACGAAGAAAAUGGGUAUGUGGUAUAAUCUCUUGUUGAGUUGGCCGGUAUUCGUCGUAUGUUUCUGGAUCAAUGCUUCAUGGGGUCCAUCGAUAUCAAAACGAGCUCAGGCAAUCUUACAUCCUUCACACCGAUUCCAACCCUCUCCCGUAUCAACCCCAACCACCUCGGCUCCUCCUUCAUCAACGCAGACUUCGACUUCCGCACCAUUCGCAAAGGUGUUUCAAGCGAUCACGCGUAUAUUGUUAAUUAGCGAUUUCACCUUGAUAUCGAGACUGAUCGGGUUGAUACCCUUCUUUGGGAGAUGGAUGAGUUUUACGUAUAUGUGUGUGAUUGAUGCGUAUUACUGUUUUGAAUGGACUUUCACCUCCAAGCAUUGGCCUCUGGAUCACAGAAUCAGUUACAUGCAAGAUAGGACAGCAUACAUGAUUGGAUUUGGAUUCCCAGCUACAUUCUUGACUUCCUUCGGUCCUCCUCUCGUGACUAUGGCGAUAUUCGCUCUAAUCUAUCCAUUCUUCGUCCUCCAAGCUAUCCAAGCCAAACCUCCUUCCCCGUCUUCCUCCUCUUCAUCGACCUUACUCCCCUCUACACCUUCUCCGCAUGCCUCAUUACCUCCUUCCCCGAUAUCAGGCGAGAUGUCGCUCAACGAUCCAUUCUUCGCUAAUCAAGGUGGUCUGACAUCUACUUCAUCAUUGAGAAGUGGGAAAAGAAGGGUUUCAGGAUUCGAAUUGAGAUUACCUAUAUUCUGGCUGGCAAGUCAUGCGCUGGAAGGUGUGAGAUGGCUCGAGGUCGCCGUGGGGCGAGAUAGGAGCGGGGAAAGGAUGAUUAAUGGGAAUGGCGCUGGAUAUGGGUAUGGAUUGGGGCUGAAGGGAGUACAGAGUUUGAAUGGGAUGGGGUUGACGGAGAGGAAAGGGAAGAGGUUGCAAUAA